AUGACUACCCCAUUACGCCCUGAACAGCCUUAUCUGCUCCCAAACUUCUCUAGCGGGACACACAAACCAUAUGUCUUUGACCCUUCGCUGUAUCCAACUUAUGCACAGUACCCGAGACAAGCAACGAGCGAGCCAUCAAACCAUCAUAUCGCAACAACGCCACCACCAACCAACUCUAAUGUUGAAGAGACGAAUAUGGCGAAUGCAAGUAAUGCCACUACUGUAAAGAGAACAAGCAAGACCCAUGUGCCAAGUGCAUGCAUUAACUGCAAGAGAGCCCACUUGGCUUGCGAUGUAUCACGACCAUGCAAACGUUGCAUUGCACUAGGAAGAGUGGAUACGUGUGUCGACAUCAAGCAUAAGAAGCGCGGACGUCCUAAACUCAAAGACAAAAAGUCACAUCCAUAUAACACACACGCCACAAAAACGUGGACCAAUAAUCCACAAAUACAUCAUUUUCUUCCGCCCACAACAUCCAAUUCCAUCUCGUCCCCGUCACCAUCUCCCUCACAAUUAUCACAAACAUCGCCACCUCAAUCAUCACCGCCACAAGAACUACCCCAACGACAAACGCCACUUAUUCUACCUCAGCAAUUGCAACCCUCUCAACAAUACCCGACUUGCAUGUCUCCACCUCAACAACUUUCUCCAAUAUCCCCACAUCAUCAACGUUCUCCUUCAUACAUCAAGCCAUCAUCACAAUAUGUAACGUCUUAUUCACAACCAAUAUUCACAACAUCUACAUAUCCACAAACGCCGCCGUCAAUUUCACCAAUAACUGAAAACCCUCCAGUUAUAAUGUUUCUUACUGCUACAGAUAUCUGGUGUGCUCGUGUUUCCGAUGAAUCGUUAGCAAUGCUAGGAUACUAUUCGAAAGAAUUGACCCACAAGUCGCUUCUUGAAUAUGUACACCCAUCCUUCCGAGACAGUCUGCGCAAAAUGGUUAUAUCUCUUACGGACAAUGCAGAAAAAUAUUACAAUCACUACCAUGCUCAGACAUAUGCGCCGUACCCGCCCUCAUUUCGCGAACCACCCUUAACCACGCAAGACCCUGGAUUCUAUGCUCUUCCGCUUGAAGAGUUGCGCUAUCCAGCAGCAAACGGUGGCCAUGCUAUUGAGGUCUCUGAUAUGAUAUCACUAAGACAGAGAAGCGGUGAAUAUGAUUUGUAUAAUGUUAAAAUGCAUUUUGGUGGUGGACUUGGUGGAGAUUUAUCGAGAAAGGAUACAUGGAACAAGUUAUACGUUGUGGCUUACUUUACCAAGACCAGGCCGGGGAAUAGUAAUAAUGGAAGCAUAGGGCGGGUCGCAUCAUUUGGACAUGGUAGUAGAAUGAAUCGGGCGUUUGAUAUUGAUCAGAACAGAGAUUAUGCGCUGUCCGACUCUUCUCUCUCGAACCAUCCUCACGCUUCACAAUCUCAACACCAGAUUCAUUCACUUCAAACCCCAUCAUCACCUCAAGAAUACUCUAGCACAUCAGUUAGAGUUCGGCAACCACAUCCUGACAUGUACCAACAACGUCAAGUACAAUCAAGCCUAACAAACCAUCCACACAUUCCACAUGACUACAAACCAGAUCCUAGGGAAGCUCACCGAAACAUGCAAACGAAUACUCCUUCUAUGACUUCUCAGUCGUACAUAGACGAUCAUCAUAGCGUUGCAAUAUCCCCACCAUCGAUUCUUGUGGAUGGGUACCCUGCAACACCACGGAAUGGCAGUUCUAGUACUGGACACGGCGUAUUUCACGCAUCUUCUACUACUCGAACAUUAUCAAAUACGCAAAUCUUUCCGCAAUCUCAUCCCAACCAACAAACACACAGCCACAUUGGCAACAUCCAGAUGACUCGUAUGCAUAACCGACAUUCGAGACACGCAUCCAGUGCAUACGGUGGCUAUAUGGAUAUAGGGCUCAUGAGUAGAGGUCAAGAGAAAGACAGUAAUAGAGAAUCGGGAAGAAUGAGCGUUACCUCCUUAUUGUGUAAAGAGGGGAUGGAAUAG